AUGACAGCUCCUCAAAGCCACCCCACUAUUGCAACUGUCAAUGACAGUCCCUCACCAUCGGUAGAAAGCCCAAUGGUCCGACUCCAGAAAUUCCCCGCAGCUGGAGCAGCACCCUACAUUCCUGUCAGGCACUAUAGGGCACACCAUGGGAUUGCACCACCUGUGACGAUACGAAAUGCGAUACCUGUUUUCUCUGCACCGCCACUUCCCCGGCCUAGUCAGACAUCACAGGUGAGGAGGCCUCCACCAUUGGGUGUAGCACCACCUGUCUGUGUAAGGCAGGCUGUGCCAGCUUUUGCUGCUCCACCAGUUCGAGUAGAGGACCCACCAGUCUCUAAGACUCCUAUCGCCCGACCACCCAGUGUUGUCACACAGAUGGACGGGACAAUGAGUGCAGACCAGGACAAGCUGCAGGAGGCUGUGCCAGUUUCUGCUCCUCCACCAGUUCAAGUAGAGGAGUCGCCAGUUUCUAAGGCUCCUAUUGCUCCAACAGCCAGCACAAUGUCAUGCAUAGAUGUGACGAGGAAUGCAGUCCAGGACAUACUUCUGGACGCUGUGCCAGUUUUAGCUGUUCCAGGAGCUCGAGUAGAGGAACCACCUGUUACUAAGGCUCUUAUCGAUUCACAAGACAAAUCAUUGGUACAGAUAGAAGAGAAGUGGAGUACAGUCCAGGACAAGCCAGAGGACUAUGCAAUAAUAGAGGAGUUGAAAGCGCUAAGGAUGUAA